AAGCCCUAAUCAAAAUUACAAAAUAAAUAUUGGCUAAAUGAUUCAGCAAAACCUAAAUUAUUCAAUCCAACGGCUGUAAUUAACAGAGGCUCCUCUACAAAUACGUGGUGCACCGUCCGUCUGUUCACACUACUUUGCUCACUCUUCUCUCUGUUUCUCUCCUCUCUCUACGCGAAGAAUACUCAUCUACUUCUCUCAGUCUCUCUCUUUCUGCAUCUAUGGCUACGAUCCAGACCGUCAAGGCAAGGCAGAUCUUCGACAGCCGUGGCAAUCCCACCGUCGAGGUGGACAUUGUUCUGUCAGACGGGACUUUGGCUAGAGCUGCUGUUCCAAGUGGUGCAUCCACUGGAGUUUACGAGGCCCUUGAGUUGCGUGAUGGAGGAAAAGACUACCUUGGAAAGGGUGUCUCAAAGGCUGUCAACAAUGUGAACUCAAUCAUUGGACCUGCUUUGAUUGGCAAGGACCCAAGUGAACAGACUGCUAUUGACAACUUCAUGGUUCAACAACUCGAUGGAACUGUUAAUGAGUGGGGUUGGUGCAAACAAAAGCUUGGUGCAAAUGCCAUCUUGGCAGUGUCUCUUGCAGUUGCCAAAGCUGGGGCUAGCGUCAAGAAAAUUCCUCUUUACAAGCAUAUUGCCAAUCUUGCUGGCAACAAGAACUUAGUGUUGCCUGUUCCUGCAUUCAAUGUCAUCAAUGGAGGAUCACACGCAGGAAACAAACUUGCAAUGCAGGAGUUCAUGAUUCUUCCUGUUGGAGCUUCCUCUUUCAAAGAGGCCAUGAAGAUGGGUGUGGAAGUGUAUCACCAUCUAAAGGCUGUGAUUAAGAAGAAAUAUGGUCAGGAUGCAACCAAUGUUGGUGAUGAAGGUGGUUUUGCUCCUAACAUUCAGGAGAACAAGGAAGGUCUUGAAUUGCUCAAGACAGCCAUUGAGAAGGCUGGAUACACAGGCAAAGUUGUCAUUGGAAUGGAUGUUGCUGCAUCUGAGUUUUAUGGAUCAGAUAAAACCUAUGACCUGAACUUCAAGGAAGAGAAAAAUGAUGGUUCCCAAAAGAUCUCAGGAAAUGCUCUCAAGGACCUUUACAAGUCAUUUGUGAGUGAGUACCCUAUUGUAUCAAUUGAAGAUCCAUUUGAUCAAGAUGACUGGGAACACUACGCCAAGAUGACAGCUGAAUGUGGAGAACAAGUACAAAUUGUGGGAGAUGAUCUUUUGGUCACCAACCCCAAGAGGGUUGAGAAGGCAAUCAAAGAGAAAUCUUGCAAUGCUCUUCUUCUCAAGGUGAAUCAAAUUGGAUCCGUAACUGAGAGCAUUGAGGCUGUAAGAAUGUCCAAGAAAGCUGGGUGGGGUGUUAUGGCCAGCCACCGAAGUGGAGAAACUGAGGAUACCUUUAUUGCUGAUCUCUCUGUGGGUUUGGCCACGGGACAAAUCAAGACCGGAGCUCCCUGCAGGUCGGAGCGUCUUGCCAAGUAUAACCAGCUCUUGCGAAUUGAGGAGGAGCUCGGUGCAGAGGCAGUCUAUGCUGGAGCCAAGUUCCGCGUACCCGUUGAGCCCUAUUAGAAUAUCAAGUGCUUCCAAAGCUUGUGCGGGAUGAAAUGAAAAAUCGAGCUUCUCAAGGAGGGAAUAAGUUUUUCCAUGUAGAAUGGGUUUUAGUUAUGGGGAACUUGAAACCUUUUUUCCAAUAAUUUUCAGAGAAGUUUUGUUCUGAGAGCUUGAACACAGUGCACUACAUAACUUUUUGAGUAAGCGUGUUCGUCUGUGUAAUGUUUUGAGUUGGUUUUAAAUGUUUGCUGCUGCUAGUUUUGGCUUAUGGUUUUAUCAACGUGCCAUCGGGAAUUCUCUCUUUAA